AUAAUUGUUUUUCUUUUUUGGUUUCGUGCCAGUGUUAGGCGUUUUUAUCUACCCUAUUUAACAGCAGGUGGCGGAUGCAUAAUCCGGAAAUCGGGUUCCGCCUGCAGCCUUUUGUUGUUGUUUGUUUUACAAGCCGAUAAAAGUAAUUGCAUGUUUUACAAUGUUUUAACAUAAAAUUAACCAUUUAAACACAAAAGGUAUGAAUUGUUUAGAGUUAAAUUGGUUAAUUGAUUCGCGCCGCGAACGACAAAAACACGGCUACACGGGAAAAUGAGAAUCGUUUUGCUGUUACUUUCAUUAAAUUUUCUGCUAGUUUUUGCACUCGACAAUGCAGAGAUUGCACACAAAGAGGAGGACUAUGGUAAAACGUGGAUGUGGAUGCCUGAUGGCGAUGGCAAACCGCAUAUUGCUUACCUAGUUGAACCACCAGAGGAUAGCCAACAGGAUGAUUUGCCUGAAUUUGUUCAUGUGGAACUUUUUGAUGGUGGUAAUAUCGAUGCCCCUGCGACAGCUCAAAUAUCAGUUAACUAUUAUGCCAAUAGGCAAGGAGCCGCGCAUACGCGUCAAAAGCGCGAUACUUGGGAAGAGUUGGCGGGGAAAUUCAAUGCUGAUUUGGAUACGAAAAUUUUGGUGCAUGGCUGGAAAUCGAGCACCACCAGUGAUUCCAUACAAUCUAUACGUGGCGCAUAUGCAAUGCGUGGGAAUUUGAAUAUUUUCGCAAUCAACUGGCGCGACCAAGCGGAUAAUAUUUACUACUUAAAACCCGCCCGCUACACCGUGCAAGUGGGCAGAGCUGUGGCCAAACUAAUCGAUCUGCUUGUCGAGGAGAAGGAUGCAGAUUCGAAGCGUAUACAUUUGAUUGGACAUAGCUUAGGUGCGCAUAUAAUGGGCUAUGCUGGUUCAUAUACCAAAUAUCGCGUAGCGAGAAUCACAGGUCUUGAUCCUGCCAGGCCAGCUUUUGAAAAUUGCAGCGGUCCCGAACAUCACUUAGAUCCAUCGGACGCUGAUUUUGUGGACGUCAUACACAGCUGCGGCGGAAUUUUAGGAUUUCGUGGUCCAAUUGGUUUGGUAGACUUUUACCCGAAUGGCGGUGGAGCACCACAGCCAGGUUGUACAGAGAUUUCACAAAUCUUUACUGGCUGUAGCCACGGUCGGUCUUAUGAGUAUUUCGCGGAAUCCAUACACAGCGAAAAGGGUUUCUACGCUACGCCAUGUCCAUCGUUGGAGCAGCUGAUCGGUAGAAAUUGUACUGGUGCCAAGAUACUGAUGGGCGAUCCUGUACCAAUGGACGCACGUGGCAUUUACUACUUGAAAACUGGUAGUAGACCAGCCUAUGCACUGGGUGCGGAAGACUAACAUUUUACGCACGUAUAUCUUAAAAGAUAAACUAACGAAGCUGUUUCAUUACUAAUGACCGAAAGAGCUAGCAAGUAUAAAAGGUGAAAUAUUUGCAAUUUUUCUGACUUUGUAGGCUUUCAAGACCUCUUGGAAAAACAUUUGCUUUGAAUACUAAUUUAUAUCUUUGAUGUAAUCGAUAAUUCCUCCUGUAUUUACUUAGUACAU